AUGGAGUCGAAGAUUAUGAUUUUCAAACCCUCUUAUGAGGAGUUUAGAGAUUUUCAUCAAUUCGUCAAAUUCUUGGAGAGCCAAGAGGCUCAUCGAGCAGGAAUUGCGAAGAUCAUUCCUCCCUCUGAAUGGAAGGCACGGAGUGGAUCGUACAAUAUGGCCGAAAUCGGUAAUACCAAAAUCCCUGAGCCGAUCUACCAGUUCGUUAAAGAAAUGAACGGCGCUUACGAGCAAACUUGCGAUCAAAGAAGACAGUCGAUAUCCGUGCGCGACUUCAGGGAAAUGGUAGAGUCGGACGAAUUCUGCAAGGACCGCCCUCCCUUAGGUGACAACGAUAAGGUUGUGAGCGCUUACUGGGACAAGGUCAUAACCAGUAAGGACGAGCAGCGGAUCUAUGGUGCCGACAUCAACGGCUCACUGAUGGAUGCGAACCUCGAGGUUUGGAAUAUCGGCAAGCUCGGCUCAAUUUUAGAAACAGUCAGCGAGGAGAGUAAUUUUAAAAUAGAGGGCGUUAAUACUGCGUACCUCUAUUUUGGAUCGUGGAAGACCUCCUUCGCUUGGCAUGUAGAGGACAUGGACCUCUACAGCAUCAAUUAUUUGCAUUUCGGCGCCCCGAAAACAUGGUAUGCUAUACCACCAUCGAAAGGACGCGACUUUGAACGUGUUGCAGCCGACUAUUUUCCGGAAUACUCCAAAAUCUGCAACGCUUUCUUGCGGCAUAAGACUGCAAUCAUUUCGCCCGACGUCCUGAAGUCGCGCGACAUCCCUUUCGACACGAUCACCCAAGAGGCAGGGGAAAUAAUAAUUACCUUCCCGUAUGGGUAUCACGCUGGUUUCAACCAGGGUUUUAACUGCGCUGAAGCGACCAAUUUUGCAACAGAGCGCUGGAUCGAGUACGGAAAGCGCUGUGCACAAUGCAGUUGCGACAUUGGGUCCGUAGAGAUUCCGAUGGAACCCUUCGUACGAAAGUUCCAACAUGACAAGUACGAAAACUGGCUCCGCGGCAGAGACAUCGGCAAACACCCUGAAGUCCCCGGCGAGCAAGUACCAGCAAACCUGCCAGCUGGCUUUGUCAAGACCACCCCAAGGAAUGGUCAAAAAAUAAAGAAGAGAGCAGAGCCCCUUCCCGUCCCCGAGCUAGCGGAUGAUGAUGAGGAAAAAGAGAACUCUCCUCGCAGUUAUGGCCGAGGCUUAAGAAAAAAACUUCCUUCGGCCAAAUUAAGGGAAAGUUACACUGACGAAGCCGAAGCCAAUGACGAAGCCAAUGACGAUGACGAUUGGAACCCUCCUGUAUUCAAGCGUAAAAAGAAACGCAAGAGUAAAUAG